UAGCUAGUAGUUCAACUAGAGAUAUUACUCUUCGCUAUGAUAAUAUUAACCGAUAUACUUAUGUAAAAGGCCCUGAAGGUGUCUAUUCAGUAAACUUUGACUAUAAUGGCCUUAAAUACUCCACAGGAGUGAACACCAGAGUAAAUUUCUCUUUACCAAAAACUAUGUCGGCCCCAAUUAUGAUUCAAUAUGGUAUCAAAAAUUUCAAUCAGAACUAUAUGAAAUACGCACAAUCAGUAGACCACAAUCAACUUCAAGGUGGUAGAAAUGUUAUCACUAGUAAAUGUAAGCCCUUUCGUUAUCCAGGAGAAUUUAAGGGCAAAAAUGUCAAUGGGCAUUAUAGUCCAUGCGGUGCAAUUGCUUGGAGUCUAUUUAAUGAUACCAUAUCGCUUUAUAAAACCCCAAAAAAUAUUAUAUGCGAUGGAGGAGCAUUCGAUGUAGAUGGAAACUGUUUAUUAGAAUCAAAUAAAUGCGCAAAAAAUGGUAUAGCACUUCAUAGUCAAGUCCGAAUUCGCCAGAAUUCACCUGACAAAACAAGCAAUCCUGAACCUAUGUGGACCAAUAAGGGUGAUAUGUCAUCAAGUGACCCAUAUUUACAACAUGGGUAUUAUUUUGGAGAACCUGGACAUAAAAUUCCUUCAAUUACAGAUGAGGAUUUUAUUGUCUGGUCUAAUUUGGCUUACUUGCCAGAUUUUUUUAACAAUUAUCGCAUUGUUAAUACCGAUUUGGAGGCUGGUGAUUAUUAUUUUAAUAUAACUGAACAAUAUGAUGUUGUAUCAUUUUCAGGUCAAAAGUAUGUGAGGCUAAUAUCAUACAAUUGGCUAGGAGAAAAACAAUAUAUCUUAGGCAUUUUAUUGCUGUCUAUAGGAUGCAUUUUCUUUUUAGAUUCAGUAGUUGUGUUAAUAUUUAAGCAUGUUAUUUACAAAUGAAAUAAUCACUUCUGCAUAUAUUUCUUUCUUGUUUAACUAACAUUUUAUUACUGAAAACUGUUCCUUAAUAUUAUUGUUUAAAUUUAUUGGAUAUUGGGGUUAUAUAUCUUUAAUAUCUAUAUAAAAAUAUUAAGACAUUGCUCGAACUUUUUAUGUGUGUUCUCAUAGAACAAAGGAUAUUAAUUUUAAGUACGGAAGUCUUUACCUAAAUCCCGGUAGUCUAUAAAAAUAAUGAAUAAUGAGUUGCAUAUGUUUUUGCGUUUCUUUAAAUUAUUAAAGUAUUGUUAUUAAAUCAAUUUAAUGCUAAA